AUGUCUUCCAUUUUCUGCUGCACCAACGUCCACGGGUACAAGAACCGAAUCAUCUCACACGAACAAAAGUUCACUGCAUUCAUGGCUUGGGCCACGUUCCCAAAAGAAAGUACCAUCACUACCGACGAAUCUGUAACCGCUGAAGCAAAUAUUGGAUCCCCUUUCGUCAUUCAGUUAGUCAAGCAAGUCAACUACGGACCGCUUGAAAGUAAGCGAUACUUUGCGUCCAAGCAGGUCAGUGGAGAGGGUGAAGGUUUCGUCGAGGUGACGGAGCAGUGGCUUAUUGAUGCGAAUUUCGAGAAGCUGAACACGUUUAAGAACUUCAAAUGUGCUACGCACAAUAGGUUCUUUGAAGUCAAUGUUUAUCAAAAGGAUCCAGUCAAUGCACACCAUUGGCGUGCUAAUAUUGCUCGACCGGCUACUGAGAUUGAUUUGUGA